CUUCGGCCGAUCGGGGCCCGUUGGUUACGAUGGUACUUGCGGUUUCCGCCACUGGCAAUAAAAUGCCACCAUUUUUCGUUUUUCCUCGAAAACGUUUCCAUCCACACUUUCUGGAUGGUGGUCCAACGGGAUGCGCUGGAGCGGUGAGUAAUACAGGGUGGAUGAAUGCAGAUAUUUAUCUGGAUGUUCUCCGACACUUUAAAGCAUUUACGCGAGUGUCCAAAGAAAACCCGCUUUUGUUGAUUGUGGACAACCACGGUUCACACAGAAGUCUACCUGCAAUCGAGUUUUGCAGGGAUAAUGGCAUUCACCUACUUACAAUACCACCCCAUUGCUCUCACCGCUUACAACCCUUGGACGUGAGUGUGUUUUCGCCGUUCAAACACGCAAUGAAUGUGCUGUGCGACGAAUGGACAUACAGGCAUCCCGGAAAGCCGAUGUCUAUUUUUGACCUUCCGGCUAUCAUCGACAGCGCUCUCGAACGGAGUGCCACGGAGCGAAACAUCAAGGCCGGGUUCCGGGCAUCAGGUAUUUGGCCCUUCAACCCGGAUGUAUUCACUGCAUUGGAUUAUGCUCCAUCAUCAGUGACAGGACCUUCCUUGGUUGACGAAAUAAUACCAGGAUCACUGCUGGACACUCUUUGCAGAAUCAGACCAAUCCCGCGGGCACCACCGCGUGCUACAGGCAGACGAGGACGAAAACCUGGACGAGCUGCUAUACUGACGGACCCCGCUGAAAUCGCUCUGAUGGAACAAAACAUACAAGCGAAGGGAGUAGCCCGACCCACUCAACGGCGAGUAGGCCGACCACGUAAAGCAACUGUGCAGUUUCAUAGCCUCGUUAGUGCACCACCAAGACCAACGAUAGUGGUGAUAAAGAGACCACCUGGAAGACCCCGCAAAUCACAGGCUGCAGCGGAUAAGAGGCCCGUUGGCCGACCCCGCAAGCCUCCAGUCGUUAUACUAAAAAGGCCUGUUGGCCGACCUCCAAAGUCACUAGCCAUUGCUAAGAGGCCCGUUGGCCGACCACCAAAGUAUCCAACCAUUGCUAAGAGGCCCGUUGGCCGACCACCAAAGUAUCCAACCAUUGCUAAGAGGCCCGUUGGGCGACCUGCUCAAAGUAAAGGCACUGCCAAGAGGCCCGUUGGCCGCCCACGCAAGAUUAAGAGGCCUGUUGGUAGGCCACCGAAACAACCAGCAACCAAAAUAAGACAUGAAUCUGAAUAAAUAAAAUUAAUCUCAUGUCAAAUUAUUUUAGUUUUUCUUAAUCAGAACAGGUCCGCAUUAGAUCACU